AUGCGAAAACCAUGCACAUCCUGGAGACGAUAUUUCUGGGAAGGGCAACAAUUGAACGAUAACGCUGAAAAAACCGUCCCUGAGGAUGCAGACUUUCUUGACAAAGUUCUAAUACGACAUAGGAAAUAUGUUGCUUUCCUGGUGCCGUUCGCUAUAAUGCAGAUGAUAUGGUGGGUGACUGCUUUUCGAUUCGAUUGGUUCACAUUGUACGAAACACGAUGGCAAAUGCCUGUAGUGAUGUUUUUCGGGUCAACCGUUGCAGGAAUGACAUCAGAAGGAGGAGGUGCUGUUGCUUUUCCAGUAAUGACGCUUCUCCUCCAAAUAGAUCCUUCUGUCGCUAGAGAUUUCUCAUUAAUUAUACAAUCUGCAGGUAUGACGUGCGCGAUGUGUGUGGUUUUGAUCAUGCAGAUACAAAUUGAAAAACGUGCCAUUCUUUUCGGGACUUUGGGAUCGGUGCCAGGUUUCGUCAUUGGAUCCGUCUUGGUAUGUGUCUUCAGCUAUAUUCUCGAUUCUUCAUGUAAUUCAUAUUCGUUCAUAUUUCUGCAGCUGGAUGAACAUCUAUCAGCUGCCGAAAAGAAAAUGCUCUUUGUGUCCAUUUGGUCGUCGUUCGCAAUUGCACUAUUUAUUCUGAACGCCCAACACAAUCGACGGACCUAUGACGUCAUUCCGCAGUUCAAUUUCUGGAAAGCAACUGUUCUUUUCUUUACAGGAUUUGUGGGAGGAAUAUUCACAGCAUUCGCCGGUUCAGGAGUGGAUAUAUGCACUUUUUCGAUUAUCACUCUGCUAUUCCGAGUGUCUGAAAAGACAGCCACUCCCACUUCGGUCGUUCUAAUGGGAAUCAACACAAUGGUCGGCGUUUAUUUCCGUGCAGUUUGGGAAGGUGAUGUUCCCGCAUUGGCAUGGGAAUAUGCAGCAGUAAGCGUACCAGUCGCUGUCACUAUGGCUCCAUUAGGGAGUUUUCUCGGAUCGCAUCUGCAUAGACAAGUCUUAGCUGGAUGCAUUUACGUACUUGAAGCAGCAGCACUAAUAGGUUUUCUCCUAACACGACCUUCUACCAUACUCAUUCUGCAAGGAACGAUAAUCAUUUUUAUGUCAUUCGCUUUCUUCACCUCAAUAGCAAAAAUCGGAGAGAAAUUAAUUGAGGACGUCAAUGGAGAAGAGCAGUCUACUGCUGCAAACAACGACAACGAAAUGAAUAAGCAACCGCUGCCAGAAAAUUACGCAAUUAAGAAACGGAUGGAGGUAUGA